UAACUCCAAAGCUUCGGUCUCGUCACUCAAAGAAUUUCACCCAACGAUGACAUUUAACAUUAACUCAACCGCCAUAGUUUUCGGUUUGUAAACAUGACAGUAGAAGUUUUAGACGAGAGUGGGCGGGGCUUGUGACGUGUAGUAAACGCUGGUAUUUUCUAGACGUCUUCUGUCCGCUCGCAGUGACGUAGCGGCUCAGCUCAGACCAGCGGCACUCAACGUAAACUGGGUUAUCUGUCUUCAUGUCCUCCCUUGUGAAAACAACACGGGAGCACAGCACGAGGGCUUAACCAUAACCUGCAGUGACACUGUAUCCCUGGAAAACAUAUUCGUGACGAGACAUCUUGGAAGCAAAACAGAAAAGGGAGGUGGCUACUUGGUUGUCACAAGAGAAAAUUAUUCCACAAGACAUUAACUGUCAUCUGUACGGAGGGCAAACGGCUCAACUGCCUGGAUCGUAACACUUGAAAGAGUGGUGUUUUAAAGAGUGACGCGAGGCGAUAUGGUGAACUAUUAUAGUGUGCUGGGAGUGUCCAGGAAUGCCUCGCAGGAUGACAUCAAGAAGGCGUACAGGAAAUUGGCCCUGAAAUGGCAUCCAGAUAAAAAUCCAGACAACAAGGAAGAGGCAGAGAAAAAAUUCAAAGAACUUGCUGAGGCCUAUGAAGUCCUGUCUGACAAAAGCAGACGAGGUGCUUAUGACAGAUAUGGAAAUGACAAUGUGCCACACUCAGGUUCUACCACUACAGACUUCUCAGACCUCCCAGGAUUCACCUUCACAUUUCGCAACCCGGAUGAGGUGUUCAGAGAGUUUUUUGGUGGACAGGAUCCUUUUGCUAGCUUUUUUGAUGACUUUGCAUCGUUUGGAGUCCCACAUUCUCGCCUUGGCCCUAGUCGAUUUUUCUCUUUUCCCUCAUCUGGAGUUGAAUUUAGCUCCUUUUCCUCCUCUUUCGGUGGUCUCGGUGGGAUGGAGAGCAUGGGAGGAUCUAACUUCAGAUCGGUUUCUACCUCCACUCGCAUUGUAAAUGGAAAAAGCACCACCACCAAGAAGAUAAAGGAAAAUGGGAAGGAGAGGAUAGAGAUUGAAGAGGAUGGGGUAUUAAAGAGUGUCCUUAUCAAUGGUGUGGAAGAUGAAAUGGCUCUCGCAAUGGAGCUCAGCAGAAGAGAAGGAGAGAAGUCCUCUCAGAAGCCCUCCAUCAUGAACGGAUCAGCCCGCGACUACGACCGCUCUGCGACUCCACAUCGCUCAUUUAGUGCAGCUCCCAGCUACAACCAUGCGGCCACAGGGGACAGUGAAGAUGAAGAAGAUGAUGAAGACCUUCAGAUGGCUUUGGCAUGCAGCCUGUCAGAAAUGGAGGCCCAGCAGAAAGAAAGUUCUACCACCUUCAUACCAGGUGCUGGGGGUAGGGGUAGAACCAAACGCGUUAAAGUUGGGGGCUGCAUGGGAGAAGGACAAAAAGUUAAUUUGUCCAGUGGCUGCAAAGUAGCUGCAGGGGAGCAAGAUGACGGAGGUCACUUUAAAUCUGGCACAAGUUCUGGAAAUAUUAUUGAAACGAAGCAAAAAGGAACCAAAGAGCCAGACACAGCUGCUGCCACUGCACUUCCGAGUGAAGAAAAGGUCAAACCUGCGGCAAAAACAUCUGAAGGCUGUGUGAAAAAGAAAAAGUGUGGGUGUGUUAUGUGCUAGUGUGGUUUAAAUGCAUAUUUGGGAAGGCUUCCAAUGCUUUUACUUACCAUGGUGUCAGCUCGAGUCGCCACACUGCAUUGUGAGUGCAAAAAUCCUUCUUCAAGGCUAAAGAUUUUGAUGUCAAAAACAGCAGUUGAAAGAAACAAACUUUAAAGUCUUGCAGGUGAUUGUUUACAGUGUGUAAUCUUGACUUAUGCACAUGAGGUCAAAUGAACCUCAAAAUUAAACUUGUUUGGAUUUGUAGCUGCAAAGGACAUCAAAUGAUUGCUUCUGAAUGACUGUGCACUUGCCAGUUUUAAUAUUUCCACAGAUGGGAAAGGGAAUGUCUGAGUAGGACGAGAGCUGACAGGUGCAACGGGUAGGAAGUUAGGUGAGAAACGCUUUGAGUUUUGUAUUCUUAAGAGAAAUUGUUCGAAAUUGGGGAUAGUGUGUUUUUGGAUUUUGAGCUACAAGAGAUUUGGUUUCAGUGAAAAAGUUUGAACUGGGAUUGUUAUUUAGCAUGUUGGUGCUAAGGAAUUAGAUGAAAAGUAUUAGGUUCUUUUUAAGGAACAAGAAAAAGCCUUAUAACAAUGACAUGUGUAAGACUGACUUUGUGUGUGAGUGUGUGGGUUAACUGCAAUUCUGCCACAGAAUGUUCUUGUUCAGACUCUAUGGCAAAGACUGAGUAAUUGUAAUGCAACAAACUAAAAUCAAAAAGCAUCACACAGGACGUUCUCUGGCAGUUUUUAUCUGUUUGAUUACAUAAGUCUUUUGUAAAUACCUGAGAAUCGUUGAUUAAAAAUGAAAUUAUUUGAAGCACAAAGUUUGAACUUGGACAUGUUCAAAAUGCACACAAUUUUCUUAACAAACUACCUUAAAGAACAGUGUAAUUAAGUGUACAGUGCCUUGGGAAAGUACCUCUUAGAUAAUUCCAGCUUAAACGUUUUCUGCAGCCAAUGUAGACGAAAGGCGUGCCAAGUGAAAUUUUUUGAUCUAGAUGAUAAGCACCUUAAAUAAUGCCCAACCUAACACAGAACAUCACCUUCAAGACACCAUCCCCAUUGUAAGACAUGGUGGUGGCAGCGUCAUUCUGUGGGUAUGUGGGCAUGUUCUUCUCUAGGGAGAGUGAAGAUGGUCAGAGUUGACUGGACGGUGAAUAGAAGUACAGAGAAACUGUUGCGAAGAGUCUGCAGAAGAGUCGAAGAUGUGGUGGAGGUUCACUUUCCAGUGGCACUGAGCAGGCAGCCAUAGCUACAGUAGAAUGGUUUAUAUCAAAGUGUCUUUAUCUGUUAGAAAGGCCUAGUCAAAGACUUUAAAAUGGAUGCUAACUGAUCAAAUCUAUCCAGUCUAACUAAGCUUGAUCUGUUUUAUUUUCUUGGUUAAAAAUGCCUUUACAUAUGCAAAGAUGUGCAAAGACAUACAGAAAUGGAUCAGGAGGGCUGAUGUUAAGGCAGAGCUUCAGAAUACUAUAAGAGCUACACUUACCUUGAAUUGGAUUGUUAUGACUUCAGCGAGGUAGUUGGUCCUUCAACUGGAGGUCACUGGUUCAAUUCCCAACUUUCUCAGUUUUCAUUUAGUGGUCUUGGACUAGAGACUAAAAUCCCAUGUUGCUUCACAAUGUGUUGAUAAGCUGCUUUAGAUAAAAGCCUCCUCUUACCUGAUGAAGUGUAACUUUAUAAUUUCUAUUCUUUCUUUUUAAGAAAUAACCAACAGAUUAAGACGACAGCAAAUAAAUUGCGUUACUAAUUCACAAGAAUGUGAGGUUCUGCUCAUUCACUAAUAGCUGCCCUUUAUAUUUUUAUGGAGUCUUUAAUCUCACCGUUGCACUGUAAUGGCACAUUGCGUAAACUACAGUAAUAAUUCUUUAUGUGCAGAUCAAAGUGUAGGAAUUUAAUAGGGUCAGAGAGCUUGUGUGCAUGCGUGUGUGUGUGUGUGUGUGUGUGUGUGUGUGUGUUAGUGUGGGCUAUUGCUAUGAUUGGUGCUGUCUGAUUUGAAAAAACCUUGUUUUAGACCUUGAAUGAGGUAAAAAUCAUGUUAAAUCGUGGUACAAUAAUUACUGUGAAAAGGAUUGUUGUUUUUGUGAAGAUUGCAUCUUAAGUUAAGAACAGUGUUGUUGGUGCCAAAUGCCAAAACAUUAAAAGUAAGUUACCAGUAGUGUCUAGUGUUAAAGGUAUAUUUCAGGCAGCAUCUGUCUGACUUGAUUUUCUGUCUCCUCAUAAAGCAAAACGUGAGAUUUUGCUGUUCUUCUCUAGGCACACACAUUUCAUCAUUUUCAUUGUUUUACGUUGUGACUGUUUUGGAUAAAAUUAUUACUAUCACUGGCAAAGGGGAAAGAAAUGAAUUAUUUUGAAAGAAUAAAAGAUCAUUCGUCCUCUUAAUUGUUUAGUGUGAAGAACAACACACUUAGCAGUAAAGAGGAGGAAUGGUAGAAUGUUGUAUCAAUUGCCUUGCAAUAUUGUUCUAGUUUGCACUACAAUGUUAUUUUUUUAAACAUUGCUUAAUGAAUAAUAACAAAUAAAAAUUGAGCCUAAAGAUGA